UCAAACAAGAAAAAAAGAAGUCUCCUUAUUUGAUUCGAAUCCCAUCUCUUUCCUCGUUUCUUCCACUGGUCUUCGGAUUCCCGCCGCCGGACAGAGGUCCGAACUUCGAAGAAGAUGACCGGAGGUUCCGAAAAACGCCGCUGAUAUAGGAACUCGUCUUACAAUACGAUUUACCAAGCUAAAUUGCUUCAAUAUUCUCUACUGACCCUGACGUCGGAAAUCAAUCAAUCUAGAGCGAUUUCAAAUAAUCGUGUUUUAGCGUUUAGUAAUAGAAGAGACGAACCGUGGGAGACGAUUUUGUUCUGCUUCGGAGUCUGAUGUUCUUGAUCUCAUUGUGAAUCCUCUUCCCGCCAAAAAGUUUAAUCAUCCGAAAGUUUAUCGGUAGAUGAUUUGAAUUAUCAAUCAAUGUUGUGAUGGUUCAUGGUUAAUGGUCUGCAAUAGAUUUCGAGGACCCUUGGAAAAGCUUACAACAAGUUAAUAUUCAACUAGGGCAUUUUAGGUGUAUAGCCAAUUGACUCAGACAGUGAGAUAAUAUUUAUUGUUGGGGUUUAGUUUAAUAUGCGUCCUGAAACUCUGCUGAAGAUGAAUCUGAUUGGUUUGAAUGCAUGUGCUGAAUUGUUUAAAUUAAAUUUAUCAUAACCUAUCCACUUAAAUUUUUGGAUCAGUUGGUGAUUCAAUACGAUUUCAGAACAGGAGAUCAUACGUUCAAAUCCUUGUAGCAAUUUAAGUUUUUGGGUUAAUCGGUAAUUUAACAACAUGAAAGGGACCCUUUGCUAAAGCAGUUUUGGUCCCAAGACUCUGAACUAAAAAUGGUUUCAAACGAGCAAACUUUCGAUUUGUUUAAGCUAUUUGUGGCUGUAAGAGACAAGGGUGGUUAUGAUGUUGUAUCGAGGAAGGAUUUGUGGGAUUUGGUAGCAGAAGAAUCUGGUUUAGGUUCAAUUAUCUCCUCCACUCUGAAAGUGCUGUACGUUGAGUAUUUGAAUGUUUUAGAGAGAUUGCUGGAAAGGGUUGUCGAGGAUAGAGACUCCACAAAUAGUUGCAGCAGUAAUGGAGAUGGUACAGGCUUUGGAUUUAAUGGCAUGUCGCCGGAUACUCAAUUUUUGAAGAAGAAUCGUGAUUUGCACGAAUCAAAUUUUUUGGACUAUGAUGAUAUGAUUGUGGUUCUGAAGAUUGAUAGGCACAAGAAUAUUGCUGGUUGUGAGGAAACUCUUUGCCAGUUAAAUACGAGCCAGUGGGACAUUUAUGACACGAAUGACUUGUAUGAAGAUGAAGACUCUAGCCUGGAAUUAGCAUCCAAUGUGGCUGAGAAUUUUGAUGAUUCUGAGAAAUCCCAUAGUCGAAACGUUCAAAAGGAUGAAAGGGCGUUUGUGGACGGGGUAGAAAGCAAUGUCGAGUUCUCUCACGACAGCAGAAAGUGCGAUGGUUCUGAUAGCAAGGAAGGAGUGAUUACAGAUUCCAUCUCAGUUGAAGAAAUUAAUAUUUGUCAUGAGAAAAAGUGUGAAUCCAUGUCAGGAAUGGUAAAUUGGAUAACAGAAAUUGCAAAGAAUCCAUGUAACCCUGUUAUUGGGUUAUUACCUAAAAGUUCAAAGUGGAAGUCAAGUGGAAAUGAAGAGAUCUGGAAGCAAGUUCUGCUGACUCGAGAGGCAAUGUUACUGAACGGACAUAUUAAUUCUUAUUUUGAACGGUCUGCUCAGCAGGGCAUACAUCCAAGCAUGUUCGAUGAUCAUCAAGGUUCCAGUUACAAUCUAAGACAGAGGACAAAAUCCAGUAAAAUAUUUCCUUGUGGGAUGAGUCGUGGUCAAAGUCGUCUACCAAGUAUGAAAGACCAACUAGACCAGGAGAUUCUUGUAGCAACUGAUUCCUGGAUGCCAGAUUACAUGGGAAAAUCUGCCUCAAAGCAAAUACUUAUAGGACCAGAAUUUCAAGUUGAAGUACCAGAAUGGAGCGGUAUAACAUCUGAAAGCGACUCUAAGUGGUUGGGGACCCUGGUUUGGCCUUUGGAUAAAGAGAACAAAGCAUUUCGCCGUAAACAUGAUCCCAUUGGGAAGGGGCGGGACGAUUUGUGUAAAUGUCAGGUACGUGGUUCCAUUGAAUGCAUUCAAUAUCAUAUUUUAAAGAAAAGAUACAAAGUUAAGAGGGAAAUAGGCUCUGCAUUCUAUAACUGGAAAUUUGAUAAAAUGGGGGAGGAAGUAAGACUUCGUUGGACAGAGAAAGAUGAGCAGAAGUUUAAGGGUGCUGUGAGGUCUAGUUCUGCGUCUUUUAAGCAGUCUUUUCGGACUCGUAUUUACAAAUAUUUCCCUUAUAAAAGCAGAGAAGAUAUACUAUGCUACUACUUUAAUGUCUUCUUAUUGCAUCAUAGAGGAUUUCAGAACAGAUUCACUCCAGAUAACAUUUGCAGUGAUGAUGAAUUGGAAUAUUUAUGUAGGAGGAGAAAGCCUUAUUGGUAGGCCCAGCAUUGUGAGAGAUGGGAAUACCAGGAGGAGAUUUUGUCUGUUUUUUUCUUUUCUUUUCCUUAGUUUCAUAUACACAUUUGUUCACUUAAGGUUGGACACUGGAUUCACUGCAAAAUGCAGUCCAUAAUUUAUACAUCUGUGAAGUAAUAACUGGAAGAGCUUUGUGUAGUUUUGGACAUUCCUUUGGUGAUUUUUGCUUGCAUACAUCACCACAUUCAUAGUUGCAACAUUAAAUUUCCUUGUUUUUAAUAAGGAAAAAAAAAAACCAAAAUUGAGUUAGUAAGAAAAUAUUUUUCUUAUUAUA